AAUGAAUGCAAGGCUCUGAUUCAUUGCAUCGAAGAGACUGCUGCUAUUAUUAUUGUAUAUACAUGUAGUAAAUAAAACUCUACUGAUGGCAGAUGACUUAGUAUUAGUUAGAUAACCCAGCCAAGUCAUGUAACACUAUACACAAUGCUAAACUAGUGUUACUGUCAGUACAAGGAGAAAGAGAGAGAGAGGAACAAGUAAGAAAAGCUACUGCAGAUUUUACAAUCAUGGCAAUGGCAGGGAUUGAAGUUUCUCCUGAUGCAAAGGCAAUGUUUGAUAGCAUCAAAAACCACCGCACCAAGAAAUGGGCUUUCUUUGAAAUUGACAGGAGCAAAAAAGUGGUCCCUACUCAAUCUGGUGAAGGACGCGAUAUUACAAAAAGGGAAGAGGACAAGAAAAUAUUUGAAGGAGAAGUGAAGGCCAAACUGAGGGAUGACCAGCCACUGUACAUUCUGUAUGACUUUCAGUUUACAACCAAAGAAGGAAGGCUUAUUGAAAAAGUUGCUUUUAUAACUUGGAUGCCUGACAAUGCCCCAAUGAGAGACCAGAUGCCAUAUUCAUCCAAUAAAGAUGCAGUUAAAAAAGCUUUUUUUGGGAUAGCGGGUGAGUUUCAGUUCCGCAAUAUUGGUGACAUCGAUUAUGAUACUCUUGCUGCUGCAGUUGAAAAGAAAUAAUCCACAAGGAACUGUCAUAAAUAAUAAUAAUAACAAGUAGUGACUCAAUAAGCUACUAGCAGUUAUAAUUUAGCUAUUGUAUAGUUUAGUUAAUAAUAAUAAU